AUGCCACCACGUCGGAAUGACGUCCGAUUUCAUCAUGUGCCGGAGAAAGGUCAAAUAAGGACACAGAAUGUUCACACCCACUCCAUGGCCAAGGCAUCCCGUACACAAGCGCACAGACGGCCAUCUACGAUCAAUCGAGACAAAGGAACAACCGCCGGAGGACCGGUGUGGUUAAUCGUAACGGAUUCUCAAAGCGUCAUCGAUGUUGUCUUUGGUGGUGUCACAACAACAGUUGACUGGGGAGGGAGUAAACCUAUAUGA